AUUGGUGGCUUUGCCCUGUCUUCCCUUUUUCCCGGUUCAAACAUGGCGGCCGACUCGGUGUCUCUGUUCACGUCUAUCGGGCUCAGUGAACAGAAGGCGAAGGAGACCCUGAAGAAUGAGGCGCUCAGCGCGUUGCUGCGGGAAGCCGUGCUCCAGGCCCAGGCGGUGUUGGGGCCGUCCAUCGACAAGGUCAUCGGCACCCUCAUCUACAACUUGUCCUCCCGCCUCAAGGACCCCAAGAGACUGGGCUUUCUUGUCGGAUACAUCGUCGGCAAGAAAAUCUCCACAGAUCUGCAGCUGAACGCCGCCUUGGAAUAUGUGAAGGGUCAUCCCCUGGACCCCAUCGAUACCGUGGAUUUUGAGAGAGAAUGUGGAGUCGGGGUCACCGUGACACCAGAGCAGAUCGAGGAAGCUGUUGAAGCUGUUAUCCAAAAGUACAAAGAGCAGCUGCUGGCCGAGCGUUACCGCUUUAAUAUGGGUCUCCUGAUGGGGGAGGCCAGGAACCGACUCAAAUGGGCCGAUGGAAAAAUCAUUAAGAAUGAAGUGGACAUGCAGGUUCUACACUUACUUGGCCCCAAGACAGAAGCCGACCUAGAGAAGAAACCAAAGGCAGCGAAGCAGAAAGUUGCGGAACCAGAGAAGAAAGCGGAUGCGGGUGUGAAUGGUGAUGUGAAGCUAGAAUCUGCAUCCCUGAUGGAGCAAUUACGAGGAGAGGCCCUGAAAUUUCACAAGCCAGGUGAAAAUUACAAGACUGAAGGAUAUGUGGUCACCCCAAAUACUAUGGAUCUGUUGAAAAAACACCUUGAGAUCACCGGGGGGCAGGUGAGAACUAGGUUUCCUCCAGAACCAAAUGGCAUUCUGCACGUCGGUCACGCCAAAGCCAUCAAUUUCAACUUUGGAUAUGCAAAGGCGAACGGUGGCAUCUGUUAUCUCCGCUACGAUGACACCAACCCGGAAAAAGAGGAAGAGAAGUAUUUUACAGCCAUCAAAGACAUGGUGGAAUGGCUAGGAUACAAUCCGCACGCUGUGACUCACGCCUCCGAUAACUUUGACCAGCUGUAUGAAUGGGCGGUGGAGCUCAUUAAAAGGGGCCACGCCUAUGCCUGCCAUCAAAAAGUGGAUGAAAUUAAAGGGCACAACCCACCUCCUUCACCAUGGAGGGAUCGGCCGGUGGAGGAAUCGCUGCUGCUCUUUCAGGGAAUGAAAAAGGGAAAAUUUGCUGAGGGUGAAGUCACACUCAGGAUGAAGAUGGUGAUGGAGGACGGGAAGAUGGAUCCAGUUGCAUAUCGGAUAAAGUACACCCCGCACCACCGCACAGGAGACAAAUGGUGCAUUUAUCCCACCUAUGACUACACCCAUUGCCUCUGUGAUUCCAUAGAACAUAUCACUCAUUCUCUCUGCACCAAAGAGUUCCAAGCCAGGCGGUCGUCAUACUUCUGGCUGUGUAACGCACUGGAUGUUUACUGCCCCGUGCAGUGGGAGUAUGGACGCCUGAACCUGCACUAUACAGUGGUGUCAAAGAGGAAGAUUAUUAAACUGGUGGAAACGGGAGCCGUCAGGGACUGGGAUGAUCCUCGUCUCUUCACACUGACCGCUCUGAGGCGGAGAGGAUUCCCACCCGAAGCAAUUAACAACUUCUGUGCGAGGGUCGGUGUAACAGUUGCUCAGACGACGAUGGAGCCUCACCUGCUGGAAGCCUGUGUCCGUGAGGUCCUAAAUGAUACAGCCCCCCGAGUUAUGGCCGUACUAGAACCCCUGAAAAUCACAAUCACCAACUUCCCUGGAGAUCAGGCGAUCGAUGUCAAAGUUCCAAACUUCCCCGCAGACGAGUCGCGAGGUUUCCAUACUGUGCCUUUCUCUUCCACCAUUUACAUUGAGCAGACAGAUUUCAGGGAGGUGAUGGAGAAAGGAUAUAAGAGGAUGACGCCAGACCAGUCGGUCGGCCUGAGACACGCCGGUUACGUCAUCUCCGUACAGAGCGUCAUAAAGGAUGGAAAUGGGAAAGUGGUGGAGCUGGAGGUCACCUGCACCAAAUCUGAUGUGGCUGAGAAGCCCAAAGCUUUUAUCCACUGGGUGUCCAACCCUCUUGUGUGUGAAGUUCGUCUCUAUGACCGACUGUUCCUGCACAAGAGUCCUGAGGAUCCCUCUGAAGUUCCUGGAGGAUUCUUAAGUGAUAUAAACACGAACUCCCUGACCGUCAUCCCAGAUGCUGUUGUGGAUCAGUCUGCAAAGAAUUGCAAGGCCUUCGAUAAGUUCCAGUUUGAAAGAUUGGGCUACUUCUCUGUGGAUCCUGACACCACUGAUGACAAGAUUGUAUUUAAUAGGACAGUCACGCUGAAGGAAGAUCCUGGGAAGGUGUGAGUCCUCUGCGUACGUAACCAGUCCAGAUACUCCGGAGCGCUCUGCACAGUGACCCAUAACAACCGCUGCCUUAAAGGGGAUGGGGAAGAGGCUUUAUCUAAAGUCCAAUUGGUUUUUAUUACUGGAGAAGUAAUAAACAUGCACUUAUUUAA